AUGUCUCUCAUCAACCGGUUGAAGGCCCUGCAGACCGAAGUGGAGAUGCCGCUCCCCGACUUGAGUCAUUUGACGUUGACGGAACUGAAGACGGAAGUAGUGUCAUUCGGACAGAAACAUCAAGGGGACACCUUCGAGAAGGCAUGGGAGGACCAGGGUUGGAUCAGCUUCAUGGUGACCAAGUACGGGAACAGCAAAGUUCUCAGUCACCGCCGCCUGAUCCGAUUUGUGGAACUGAUGGUCGCGAAGCACGAACGCACCAACACACAGGUGCCACUGCUGCCUCCUCCGGAUUCCCUCGCCGGGGGAUAUGCCAUGAUCGAAGAGAUUUCUGGACGCAGAUCCACCCGAGCAAAGGCCAAGGCCAUGCCGGUUCCAUCUGGAGCCACAGCCGCAGAGCCCUUGGACUACGACGAGGACUUGGCCUUCGAGAUGUUCAACCAGGGGACUACGGCGACAACGCCCCUUCAUCAGGAUCCGGAGUUCACUGCCCUCCAGGAUCGGAUUCUGAACAUGGAAAAUGCCUUGGGCCGUGUGAUCCAACACUUGGAGAACCAGGUGGAGAAGAACAUCCCGCAGGAUCACAGUGACGGGACACCUGUCCUUGCAGCCGGACAUCGCCGAACGGUCCUGAAGCCCCAGAAGUCUCAAGGCCGGAACAACUUUGCUCGUUCCCAGCUGUCAGCACCGGAAGAGACAGAUGAGACAGGAAAGCUCUACCGCAGUGCUCCAGAGAAUGUGCGCCUAUCCCUUCCGGAAGAAGGUGAACCAGGCGGCCCUGAUUUGCCGGAAGAUCUAACUCAGAUCCAGCAACAACUCAACAGAAUUUACCAACACCCUGAUGCCAUGCAGUCAAUUCCAGAACAUGAUACACUAGAACCCGUGAACCCCAAUCAACCACUUCCAUUAUCACCAGAAAUCAGACCAACGGAAGUACCAGAGCAUGACAGACGAGAUAGCAGUGCCAGUGAAUCCAUUCCUCAACCUGAUCAAGAACCUGACACUCAGAGCCGACAGGAAACCCAAAGUCCAGAUGCAGCCUCCAUAGAUAUUCCGACAGAUCAAGCCGAGGGGUUCAUCACAUGUGCUGAUGAAGAAUGCGCCUUAGUCAGCACGACAGUGGAUCAUCUUGCCUGGCGAUGUGAGUUCGAAUUGACAGAGUGUUUGGGCUCAGGCGAGCUAGGUGAGGGUGGGAAGGGUUCCUGCUACUUGAAGCCAUUUGGAUACUGGUGGCAGGGUCCACUUUUGCAACAGGACCAGGGUGUCCGACUUUCAACUGCCUUUGAGAUAGGUGCUGGAACCUUGAACACCUUCAGUGUUCUUAGCUUGGGACUUCGUGCAUCCGUGCUGGCAUUGAGCAAAACAACAGGAGUGCGUGUUUGUGGAGACUUGCUUUCAGGGUGA